CCACUGUGGAGGUUGGUUUCUUCUUGGAACAUCUGAAGGAGAAUGAGCAUCAGUGUUAGGGGACGCCAGAAUUCAGGGAAUAAAUGUGUGAGGCGGAUUUCACAUGGUUUUUAGAGUUCUGCUGGUGUUCAGUUCUCUCUGACGACAAUAUACUCCUUCAAGUUAAGUCAGUGUGUAUACUUUUUGGAGCUAAUAUAUUCUAUCCUUCCCUCUAGGAGAAGAAAGGCAAUGUAGCUGGUUGAUGACUGUUCGAGGGAAACGCCAUUAUUCUGUCAAAUUCUCAAAAGAAGAGCUCAUAAUUUCACCGUCAGAUCCGUUAUCCUCGCACCACUCCCUUUGGAAUCAAGCUAAUUUAAGUUAGGUGGGUGGUGGGAAAUGUUCAUUGAAGCUUACUAAAGAACAGCGGUUUCCAACUCAAACCUUGAAGUCAGCCUAAAGAGAUAAUGUGGCUUGCAGUAGAUGGUGUACAGGGUAUUGUAUGUUGAAGUUCAUUACACAACACUGGAUAUUGAAUAUUGUUUAAGUUGUCAUUAUUCAGUUUCGGUUGUGGCUUCUUGCACUUCCGCCAAACUUUGAAAUGGAGGAUUUGCGUAGACAACGCAUUUUGGAGAAUCUAGAACUGCUGGAAAAAUUCACCAAAAUAUCACCUGCAGAUGCUGAUAAGGUCAAAGAAAUGUAUGGUAUCAAGAAGCCGAAGGUGUCUGCCUCAUGCACACGUACAAAGUCAACGGAAAGAAGGUUGACGAAGCGAAAACCAACAAAGCCUGUAGUCCCACCACACAGCUCAAAGCCAAAAAGAAGGAGAAGAAGGUCCGAACUAUCUUCAGAUAGUGGUAGUGACUGCCUAAGCAGUGGUGAUGAGUGGGCACCUGAGUUACGAAGUGGAUGUAGCGGGACAACUGGGGAAAUCUCAGGUGAAACAGAAGCCCACUCCGGAACUCUUAGAUUGAUGGAGCUUACCGAUUCUGAAGGCAGUCGUUAUCCGAAGAGAAACAUAGAACGGCCAAACUACGCUGCAGAUAUAAAGAUCCCCGAAGAUGAUAGGUACCUGUAUUGCUACACAUGCAAACGCUCAGUGAUGGAUGGCUGUUUCGAGCAUCCUGUCCGAUGGAUUGAAAACUUACCUUUGUUUGUUUGCAAAGAAGCAGAGGAUAAGUUUGCUUUCCACCAGAAAACCAAGUGUGUAUGCGGACAGUCGUAUUAUGAGCACACGGCGAAAACUGCACCUGGAGAAUGGAUCAAGAUUUUGAGAUCCCGAAUUCCUGGUGCGGGCCUUGGCGCUUUUGCCAAUGCAAAGAUAGAGUGCGGUACAAUCUUCGGUCCAUAUGGUGGACAGGUUGCUUAUGUGGAUGAAAUGAGUAGUGAUGAGCAACUCAAAAGAUCACGCGGAGGGUAUGCAUGGCUUGUAAGAGCAAAUGUAGAUGGUGUCAGGCCACACUUGAUUGACGCUCGAAACUGUUUGAAUUCUAACUGGUUAAGAUUCGUUAAUUGCGCCAGAUUCGAUGAGGAGCAAAACCUCGUGACAGUUCAAUAUAGGGGGAAGAUAUACUACAGAGCAUGCAAAGAUAUUCCGAAAUUUCAGGAGCUUCUGACGUACUACGGAAAGGAGGUAAGCUUUCAUCUCUCAAUUUCUAAGCACCAUUGGAAUAAAAUUUAUUUUUAAAAUAGAAUAUCCUGUUGCCAUGUGACUUGAGAUUUGUAGGUGGCUUCUUUUAAAAAGCCGCAGACGAGUGAGAAGUGUGUCUCAAUAAUGAGAGAAAGAGCGAAUUCACAGCUAAAAUUGAUAUCAUUCUAUUUCACAGGUUCUCAUCAUCUGCAGACUACCUGAAAUUAAAGUGCCUAUAGAUAAUGGCAAUAACAAUUCAAUGUUUGAAUAGUGGUAAAGAAAUCAUCAUAAAAUCAACGCAUCUGAAAUUUAAGCACUGCAAUUUUUGGUUUAAGUUACCGUCAGUUAAUAUGCUUUCAAAAUAGAAAAGCAGGUGGGGUGGGGGUGGAGGAGAAGAUAGAAAACAGAAAAAUCUAAUAAACAGUUUUAGCAUGUAGGUUUGCACAGCAACUCAAGAAGGUUAUUGUUCAUAAAAUUGAGAACUUGCUCAGUGAGUUGAAAUCACUAAUAUGGAUGACUAAUCAAUGUAAUCAAAAUGCAGUUACGAAGGUAGUGAGAGAUUGAUUACACCCUCUUUCUGUAUGUAUAAGUUUGGUUUGAAACGCUUGAUUGCAAUUGUUUCAUCAAAUAGUAUUGAAUUUUCCGUCCUUUGUACGUUUAAUAUUUUGAAGGACUUAGAAAUGUUGACGAAAUGGCCCGUGUCCACAAGGUGUCUGUUAGUUGCACUUUGCGAAUAUCUGCGUCCUUUAAUUCAUAAGUUUCUUAAGUUACGCUCUGAAAGCCGGAUGGAAGCCAUUCUUUCGUCCCUGCAGUGUCCUUGCUCCCGGAAAUGCACGUAAAUUUAUAGACGCAGUUGGAGGUGAAAUCAGUAGGGCUUUUAUCCAGUCUAGACUUCCUUAUGGAGCACGCGGUGCUGUAUUGUGUGGCGUUACGAGCUUAGGCACAGGGAAGCAUUUUUUAUUGCUCCUUUCAUUCUCUUGUCAAUGUUUUGUGAUACCGCAUUUCCUCUGAAUGGGAGACAGAUGAUCACUUUCCAACAGUUGGAUGCUUGGUUUUCUCGUCGUUUUCUUUGUUGUACUUUUGGAUAAAUCCUGUUUGUUACCCAAUUCCCCUUAGGCAUUUUUAACACGACUUGAUUGAUUCUUCUUCCAUCUUGUUGGGCGAACAUAACUUCCUGGCUCUGUCCCUACUAAUCCAGCCUUAUAGCUUUAGGACAGAAGUCGAUAUGUCGAUGAUACAUUUGUUGUUUGUAACGAAAUGAAUGAGGCAUUUGUAUUAUUUGACCGUCUUAGUAUGAUCCACCCAAACAUUCAAUUCAGUAUGGAAUAUGAACGCAACGAUGAGCUGAAUUUCCUGGACCUAAUGCAAGAAGCAGAAAUGAUGGUACGGUCGAAAAAUCCAUCUACAGAAAAGAAACCUGAACCGGAGAAUAUCUUCACUACAACAGCUUCUGUAGUAGUAGUCUCUCAUCUCCUCUCACAAUCUUCUCCAUAUCAUCCUCGGACGCCCCUGAACGACUGACUGAUUUCAAC